UGCAUGUGAACUCCUUUUAACAACUACGGAUUAUUAUAUUAACUAAUUAUAGACUAAGAAAUAUAUUAAGGAUAAAGAAGUUGAUUAGUGAUCAAAUAUGGUUGGACCAAAAUAGAGUAGAAUUUUCCACAAAUUAUUUGUCAGUCCUUGUAUUCAAAGAUGUUGACUUGUGGUCCCUAGAAUAGAAAUUAUUGACAAGAGUUUCCACAUGUAAAUCCACUGCAAAGACUUCCAAGUCUACCUCCCCACUAUUAGAUUUUUCAUAUAUUCAGUUUCAUUACCCAAAAAAAUAAAAAAAUAAAAUAAAAGGGCAAAAAAAGAAAAAAGAAAAUUCUCUUGUGGCAAAAAAGAAAACAUUUUUUUUUCUCUCACUAACAAUGAUGUUCUCCUACGCUCUUCUUCAUCUCUUCCUCCUCCUCACCGCCGCCGCCGCCGCCGUGCCUGCGUUCAUCGCCACCGAUUUCAUACUCCUCAACUGCGGAGCCUCGUCAAGCUUGAACGACAGCAGCAGCCGGAUCUGGUCCGGCGACGCCGGCUCGAGAUACGCGCCGCCGAACGCCGACACCGUAUCCUCAGCAUCUAAAGCUUCGAGGAUGCUGCCCUCCGUUGCUCCAGUGCCGUACGAGACGGCGCGUGUCCUUCAAUCUCCCUUCACCUACAGCUUCCCCGUCCUGGAAGGCCGCAAAUUCGUCCGCCUCUACUUCUACCCCGACACCUACUCCGGCGCCGACACGAGUAAUUUCUUCUUCUCCGUCACCGCCAAUUCGUUCACUCUGUGA